AUGACACCUCACUGUCACGCAGAUUGCAACUCUGUUUUCUCAGUGCCAUCUCAGAGACAGGCAGAGGACGGUCCACCGCCCACACUAGACAUGCCAGACACACGAGACGUUCAUGUUUGCAUGGUAUUGAUUGUAGAUUUGGAGGAACAAUCGGGUUGGCAGAUCUCAGUGGAGGGCUUCGCCAGGUAUCUGAUCAGUGAGGAGAACAGCGUCAUUCCUCCAGAAAAACUGGACCAGAGUGAAGACAUGACCUUCCCUCUCUCUCAGUACUUCAUCAACUCGUCCCACAACACCUACCUCACAGAUUCUAAAAAGAGUUUAUCUGUUCUUGUUUUCCAGGAAGUGAUCGAAGCCAUAGCAGAGUGCGCUUUUAAGACGUCUCCGUUCCCCGUCAUCCUGUCCUUUGAGAAUCAUGUGGACUCCCCCAAACAGCAAGCCAAAAUGGCAGAAUAUUGCCGAUCGAUAUUCGGGGAUGCUCUUUUGACUGAGACUCUGGAGAAAUAUCCUAUUGAGUCCGGCGUUCCUCUGCCAAGCCCUCAUGAGCUCGUGGGAAAGAUCCUCAUCAAGAACAAGAAAUCUCACCCCAAACCCUCAGACGGCAGCACUAAGAAGAAGCUGUCCGAGCAGGCGUCCAACACCAACAGCGACUCGUCCAGCGUCUUUGAGCCGUCGUCUCCCAGCGCUGGACCCGCAGCUUUAGCGCCUGCAGAGGUGGAGGCUGAGGAAGAUGAGGAUGAAGAUGAUGAUGAUGAUGACUGUAAGAAGUCCAUGGACGAGGGUACAGCAGGAUCCGAAGCCUUUGCCACUGAAGAAAUGUCCACACUGGUCAACUACAUCCAGCCCACCAAGUUCCACUCGUUUGAGAUUUCCAAGAAGAGCAAACGCAGUUAUCAGAUGUCGUCGUUCGUGGAGACCAAAGCGCUGGAGCAUCUCACCAAGACACCGGUGGAGUUCGUCGAAUACAACAAGUUUCAGCUGAGCAGGAUUUAUCCUAAAGGAACGCGCGUGGAUUCCUCCAACUACAUGCCGCAGGUCUUCUGGAACGCCGGCUGUCAGCUCAUAGCACUCAACUUUCAGACCAUCGAUCUGUCCAUGCAGCUGAACCUCGGCAUGUACGAGUACAACGGCAAGAGCGGCUACAGACUCAAACCAGAGUUCAUGAGACGACCGGACAAGCACUUCGACCCCUUCACAGAAAGCACUGUGGACGGCAUCAUUGCCAACACCUUAUCAGUGAAGGUUAGACGUUUGACAGCUCGACUUCCUCAAAAGCUGCUUUCAAAACAUUAA